GGAUAAAGUUGAAUCAAGACUUCACGACACUAAUAUAAACAACAACUUUACGGCAGUGAGUAUGGCGUCUCACUUCAGCGGUGUCCUGCAGCUGACGGAUCUCGACGAUUUUAUCACCCCGUCGCAGGAAUGUGUCAAACCAGUCAAAGUAGAGAAGAAAAAAGGUAAAUCUGUGGCCAAAAUACAGAUAGAGGAUGAUGGAAGUUAUGUGCAAGUCAACCAGGAUGGAGGAAAACAGAAGCUGGAGAGAGCAAAGAUCACGCUAAACGACUGCUUGGCCUGCAGUGGCUGCAUCACUUCAGCCGAGAGCGUCCUGAUCACGCAGCAGAGCCACGAGGAGCUUUUAAAAGUGCUGCGGAACAACAAGACCAAAGAGACGGAGCAGAAGACUGUAGUGGUGUCGGUAUCGCCCCAGUCCAGAGCCUCCCUUGCAGCACAUUACAACCUCAGCAGUAGCGAGGCUGGCAGAAAGCUUACUUCUUUCCUCAAAGGCCUUGGUGUUCAUCAUGUGUUUGACACCAGCUUCAGUCGAACGUUCAGCCUGCUGGAGAGUCAGAGGGAGUUUGUGGAUCGUUUCAGUCGGAAACAACAGGACAGCAAAGCCAUGCCCAUGCUGACAUCCGCCUGCCCAGGAUGGAUCUGUUAUGCAGAGAAGACUCACGGCGACUAUAUUCUCCCAUACAUCAGCACCACUCGCUCUCCACAGCAGAUGAUGGGCUCUCUGGUGAAAAGCUAUUUUGCUGAACAGCAGGGUCUUAGUCCACAGCAGAUCUACCACGUGGCUGUGAUGCCCUGCUUCGACAAGAAACUCGAGGCAUCACGCUCCGACUUCUACCUGAGCAAAGCCGAGACCCGAGAAGUGGAUUGUGUCAUCACUUCAGGAGAGGUUCAGAAAAUGUUGGAGGAGCAGAAUGUGUCUCUUUCUGAUGUUGAGCCUGCAGCCCUGGACACAAUGUUCAGCAGUGUGUGUGGGGAUGAGUUCCUGAGCCAUGCUGGGAGUGGUUCGGGAGGUUACCUCCAGCAUGUGUUCACGUAUGCUGCCAAGCAGCUGUUUGGGGAGGAGGUGAAAGAACUCACCUACAAGACGCUCAGGAAUAAAGACUUCCAGGAGGUGAGACUGGAGAAAGACGGUGCCGUCCUGCUGUGUUUCGCCUCAACUUAUGGCUUCCGCAACAUUCAGAACCUCGUGCAGAAACUCAAGAGGGGAAAGUCGCCCUACCACUUUGUGGAAGUUAUGGCCUGUCCGUCAGGCUGUCUAAAUGGUGGUGGGCAGGUGAGGCCUUCAUCCAGUCAAAACCAAAAGGAGCUUCUCCAACAAGUCGAGGAACUCUACAAGGCAGAGCGUCCCCUGUUGCCAGAAAACGACACCCGCGUGGCUGAGUUGUAUGAAAGCUGGCUUCACACCCUGGGAGCAGAGAGAGCCAAAGAGCUGCUACACACACAGUUCCACGCUGUGGAGAAAAUGACCAACGGGCUCACUAUAAAGUGGUGAUCUGUGCUCUUGUCUAGCCAAGAUGAUGUUUGCAGACUUGUAAUUUUGCAUUCAGCUUUGGUCCUGACAGAGAUGCACAUUUUUGAUUGUUCUUUUAGGUCUUUUUUUUUCUGUGGGCCUAGUAGGGUGGAAUACCAGAUUAUAAACCAAUGCUUCUGCACUGAAUAAGUGCAACUGUCUACCCGUUGUCCUCUUAAUUAGCUAGUGAUGUAUUUUGUGUGGAACCUGUUACACUCUAAACAUGUCAUUUCCAAUCAUAAAUAGGUAAAAUAUGAUCACUCUUUGUUAAUUUGUGUUAUUUAUGUAAAUUUGCGCAGUUUGAAAACAAAAUAAACAAUUAUUUAAUUA